UCUGGGUAACUAAGUGAAGUGGAUCAUUUUACUUGAUAGAAUUAUGUGAGCAACGCUUGGAGGCUUUAUCGACAGUAGUAGAAUUAAGACCCUUGCUUGUGCUACAUAGAAGAACAGUGCUGACAGACAGAGCGGAACCAAAAUACUAAACAAAGGAGCCAGAGACAAUGGAACUCGAGGCAGACGUAGACUGUUCAGUAGCAAGCAGGAAUGGCAACUCAAGCUCGGACGACGAAGAGCAGUGUGUCGUGCAAAAGAGAUUUAACGACAGUCAGGUUACCGAGUUGACGGACAAAGCGACCUUGGACUACGGGGACCCAUUCCCUGUUUCCACGACGCACGGUUCUUUAAACCUAAACCAGGAGGAAUCUGUGACUAUACACAUCGCUGAAACAGAAGCCACAGGGGAACUAAAAGAAAACAUAAUUCAAGUAAGUGUGUCGGGUGAAUUUGUUUCUGAGGAUAGUCAAAACAUUGUUCCCAAAGUCAAUUCGAAUGUCAUUCAGAAAAAUGAAGUCAUAGAGGACUACAAAGAGACUGUAGUGGGAGAUGACGCCAGUGUUACAGUGAUUCAAUAUUCGAAUUCGUCUCAAGAACAAACGAACUUUGUUGAUUCGGAUUUACCCGAUUUCCCUGAACGAAAUCUAGAAAAUAUAGAGACUGGAUCUAUUUGUUCUGAAAGUGCAUUUCUAAGUGGGGAUAAGGCAAAGGAUGAGUGUAACAAAUCUUCAGGAUUGGACGUACGCGCAACAGUAAGUGAAGAUAUAAGAUUCUCAAAAGAAGGAGAUUAUACUGACACCAACGUCUUGUUAGAUGAGGAAUUAGUUAAAGUCAAUGUCUCAUUUACCGACAGACUAGAGAGUGAAGAUACCUCUGAGAGGAUACCAAGAGGAAGUGAUAACUUUGUUGACGUAAAGGAAAGUGUCGUCGAUGCCAUUCAAGAGAAUCAAGACGAUAAUAGCUCCAAUGUUUUAAAUAAGAAUGAGCAAAAUGCCCAACAGUUCGUUGGCUGGGGUAGAAAUUCUACUGAAGGUAAUGAACUUGAAGAUCAAGCUGUCGCUAACCACAUCGUGGUAGAUGGCACUCUUCUAGACACAGCCAAUGUAAGCAAUCAAAAAACUGAUACAGAAAGUCAACAUAGUUCAGUCUCAGCAGACAACACAACUUCGGAUAAAGUAGCAGACUCUAACAGUAUUGAUAGUGACACUGAAAAUCCAGACGAGAGGCAAUUUAACACAGGUAGUCCUAAAAAAGAGAACAGUGUUCUGUACUUUAAUGAAACCAAUUCAAAUCACAUUGAGGAUUUGUCCUGUACCCAAGAUACUAACAGAGACAAUCUUGAUCAUAUUGUAUUAAAGCCAGAACUCGAGGAUUGUAGUACAGACAAUUCUCUUGAAAAACCAUUGACAACUUCGACAGAUUCAACUGCUAAUGUAGAGACACAUCUGUUUAAUGGUUACCAUAUUCAGACAGAAAUCAAUUUAACACUAAAUACUGAUAUAGAAGACAGUGAAACCGUAAAAUCAUUUGAUAAAGAAACUGGAGACAGUGACUCUAGUAAAAGCAGUGAAGAACCAUCUGACGGCGUAGAAGUGUCUGACUCGGAGGAAGAUCAAUCCAGCCAGCAAUUCAAUCCACUCGCUAGUUCCAACGUAAACGCCGAACAUUUGAAUGAAAAUGAGGAUGCUGACGACUAUUAUGCUGACCCCGGCACGCCCCCUGCUCAAGUGUCAAACUUCGUCAAUGUGCUUACUGAACAAACUUUAACAGACAUUUUUCAAGACUCUCAAAUUAGGCGCGUCGUAAAACAACGACGUUCUACAGAUUCGGAAAAAGAAUUGAAUUGUAGUGAAACUUUCAAUAUACAGGAGAAUAAAGACAAUCAUACAGAAAAUGUUUUGCACUUAGAUCUUUCUGGAGAACAAUUUAACAAAGGUCAUGACCACAAUGAACUUUUUAGAGCAGAAGAGAAAGAAGCGGUUUUCAUAGAGUCAUUAAAUGACAAAGACUCUGUCUCUGUCAAAGAGCAAGCUCUCUUACCGGAAGAAAGCAAUUGCGGGAUUCGUAUUGUAGAAGAAUUACAAAACUCAGACGAAAAUUCUGAAAAUCUAAGCAUCAAAAGUUUGGAUAACAAACCGCAGUUUUCAGGCACAGUACCCAGCAAUACAGAACCCUCGGAACAUGAACACAAUGAAAGAAGUCUCAAAGAAGAGAGGAAAAGGUAUUAUAAUAAUCCUACAAUUAUAAAGAGCAUAAGACACAGUGCUGAAACUAGCCCUCAGAGAUCAAAUUAUUCUUACUCUGAGGACUUUAUUCCAGAGGAUAGUCCAACCCCUAGAUCUCGAAAAUCUUCCGCCCAAGGACUGGACGCAUAUGCUCACUCUGUGACGCCCCUAAGUUAUGUUUCACUAGAUGACCGGGCGAUAAGUAUUCGUCCCAGAGUUCCAGAGUACGACAGCGAUCAAGAUACCAGCCACGACGAAGGGGAGGAUCUAGAUUUUGCUCAGAUGAACACAGCGCCCCCGACCACUGCACUAAACGAGGCUGACGAAAAGGGUCGCUUCUCGAGACCCAAGUCUAGCCAUCCUAAAAGGCGACAGAGGCGUAUCAAAGAGAGUGCCGUCAACAGAAAAACCAGCAUGAAUAGUGAGCAGGAGGUUAUCAGUUCCGAUGAAGAAGAGCACAAUGAGACUGAAAACUUUUCAUUUAAAACUGAUGAUUCAGCCGAUGAGGAGCCAGCGUAUAGCGAUGACGAUUCAUCAACUAAAAGCUAUUCGGAUGAUUUGGAGUCCAUGAGCCUGCGGAGCGCAAGCGGCGUCAGCAGGAACGAAGCCAUCAGCACUGUAAACGACGCCAAUAACGUCUACUCGCAUCCCUACAGCCAGCGCUCUAGUGCCUGCUCUAAUGAAGACAUUUCGGAAACACCAGCUCGGCAAUCUCCAAGCAAUGCUGAAUGCAGCUGGCACGAAAGUGGGCGCAAUGCCUUGAUUAGUCCCAAAGAACCAGAUCAUGACCGCCCAGUGAAAGACUUAAAAGACAAUCUAAGAAUAAACGCAAAAACAUCCUCCAUGAGCUCAGAGGACAUAAGAGUAGGCCGCAUCACUAGCGCCACGGAAAACUUAACCCACAUGCAAGAGAAUCUACAGGAUAUGUUUAGACAAGCCAAGAACGUAUUGACUGAGUUCCAGUCCCAGCUUCGAACCAGGCCCAUCCAAGACCUAACAGAGGAGGUGCCUGAAUUCACCCGGACCUUGACAUCGCUGUCGGACGCCUACCGCGCAUGCGAGGCCGUGACAGGCGGGAUCAAUGAGCAGCUUCAAGACAUACGGGUCAUUACCAAUGAAAUCUGCGACCUCCUGGCCAACAAUGUCAAGUCUGAAGAUCUGGAAGCCUGGACAAUGUCAUCCCAACACGAAGAAGAUCUUCAAGAAGAGGUGGAGGCAAGGGCCAAGCUAAAGGCGGCCAAGAUCUUGGAAAUGAAAGCUGUUUCCUCAAGAGCAACCGCCAACGCCCUAGCAGCCCAUGAGCUGGCAGUGCAGGCUCAAACCGAGGCCAGCCAGGCUGAAGCUGCUGCUGCCAACGCCAGGGAUGAGGCUAUUGUUGCAUUGCAGAAAGCGGAGUCGGCGAGAAAGGCGGCUUUGGAAAAGAAAAGGAUUGAGGAAGAAGAAAGAAAAAAGAAAGAAGAGAGACAACGUCAAAUAGAGGAGGAAAGGAGGCAGAAGCAAGAAGAAGAGAAGAAGCUAGCAGAGUUAGCCGCAGCCAAGGCAAAGAACGACGUUCAGCAGAAGACAGUGGAAGACAGAAGCGACCCCACUCACUGGCCACGUUUUAUAUACAGCAUAGACCAGUGUGACUUUGACACAGGUGUUGGUGUGGUCAUCCGGGCCCCUGAAGGUCAACUCCAACAUGAGGAUGUUGAGGUGACUGUAGUGGAUCCGCUGACAGGCUGCCUUCCUUUGGGAGACUCUGAAGAGCUCAUCAGUAACAUUGUCCGACUCACUCCCGCUGACCAUAAGGACAAUAAGCACGUCUUUCAUGCAACAGAGCCCAUGGUAGUAGCUCUACCCCACUGCGCUCCUAGAAUUCACCCAGGGCGAGAACCAGUGAUCAGGAUGGUGACACCCGAUGGAAAGACGGUUACCAUGCCAACAAAUGAAGUACAGUUAGAGGACAUUAAGGAUUUACGUUUUGUUGAAUGCCGAACAAAAUCUUUGGGAACUUUCGCCGUGUUCUUACGUCUGAAGAAGGAAGCCUUGACCUUCAAUCGGAAAGGCGGCAAAGUGAUGUCGUCAGCUGAUUCCAGAGUUACCCUCGCCUGCCAGUCUGGCACCUUCACAAACAAUGUCAAUUUCACAUUAGAGGUGCAACAAAUUGACCCGAAUGUGAUAACAAGUUUAAAACUCAAGUCUCCAGACGAAUGUGAUAAACUUCUAACGACCAGCCCUAUCAUUACCAUGAGCUUGCCUAUCAAGUUUUCUACGCCACUGACCUUGACACUUCCAGUGCCGCCCAACCCGUCCAACAGACCGAGGCGACCUCAAACAGCCGGUAACAGUUUAACUAGAGAAAAGGUGGACACAGUGGACGUUCGUCUGGCCAGCGCCAGGUCCAUGUACACUUCAAAGGAAGAAGAAUCAGUUCCAGACGAGUUACAUCUGCUGCUUAAAGAGUCUGACGGACUUUGGACUAAAGUGGACGAUGUCCACCUCAUCCAGCUGAAGAAGAAAGACGUUGUGGCAUUUGAUAUGAACAGAAAUUUCUCGAAGCUGGCUAUCAUCAGAACCAAGCCAGAUGUGACCCCAUUUCAGGCCGAGAAGAUGUUUGCUCAUCUCAUCACAGCAUUGACAUAUAAACAGAUGACAAUUCUUGUCAGACAGAAAAGUCUUCAUCCUAUGUCUGUCAUGGUCACCUGCACACAGACUAUUCAUCUGGAAAGAGCAAUCAGAGCGCUGGCUGACGAGGGUUACGACCAAGGCCCGAGACCCUCUCCUGACAUCAUGGUGACGGAAGGUCAAAAGUUGAAUCUUCGUUUCCGUGGUAACCUGACGCUGGUGGAUGAUGACGUGCGCACAAUGUUCGCCUUCAACACCUAUAUACCGUUCAAGCUCAGAUUUCAAGUAAGGGAACAUGACAGAUUCGCACAGAGAGGUUUCCACAGCUACAGGGGCUUCUGCCAGAUCUACACCACUGGGAAAGUCAAACGUUUUUUAGACGCCACUGACGAUAAAGAGAUGUGGUCAGUCAACGGACAACGGGGGAAGGACGGUUACGUUGACGGCGAUGUGCUUCUGUGUGAACAGCUUAUCGUUUUACCUAAACCUGAGCCAGAGACUCCCAAACCACUGCGAGUUGCCCCUGUAGCGUUAACAUCAGAGGGUGUUGUCAAUCAGGACCUGUUUAAGUUUCUAUCAGUUCACCUGGAAUACAGCGACUGGAAGAAGCUAGCACACCUGUUGAACGUCAAACAUAACCGGAUCCAGGCAAUACUGCGUCAGAAUGUCUCGAAAGACACCACCCAAUCAAUUUACGAUAUGCUAGUCACAUGGUCCAAGCGGUUGCCAAGAUCAAUGGACAGGACUGAAAUUCUCUGCAAGGCUUUAGCGUGUAUACGACGGCAAGAUUUGGCUGAGGAACUGUUGACUAGGGAAGAAGAGUUUAGACUAACCCGAGCUCAACAAAACAGAGAUUCGUAUCUCCACAAGGCUUUUGUGACCAUUGUUAGAAACUCGCAGACCGUGACGCAGUGGAGGGACCUGGCGAGAUCUAUGGGCAUCGGCAACUUCGAUGUGGUCAGCAUAGAGUCCAUACAUGAUACGGACCAAGAUCGAUGCAUGGCUGUUCUGAACAGAUGGAAAGAGAGGACAGGUGAAGAUGCAACAAUUGCUGUGCUCGCCAACAAACUGAGACAAUGUAAAUUUAGACAGCUAGCAAAAGAAGUGGAAAAAAUCUUCUUUCAAAGGUUGAAGCAGGACUUUCUCUAAGAAGUCACCUCAAGUUCCCCUGACAAUCUCGUUCGUUAAGAACUAGAAGCCACACUGAAAUAUAUACUUGCUUAUUUGUUUGUUUUUAAGUGUAUUCUAUAAGACUCAUUGCGCCGGGGUAACGAAUGUUGCAACAAAGACAAAUGGAGACUUGUGUUUAUUGUAGAAGAUACCAUCACCAUAAGGGCUGAGUAUGAAAAACUGAUAUUGUUGUUCAAGUGUCAUUCUUUAUGAACUGACCACGACCCAGACAGUGGUUUAAAUAAAUAUACCAAGAAAAACAUGGAUAUAGAACACUUACAGGCGUAUCCCUUGGGUAGAAGCUCGAUUGAAGUAUUUUCUCUAUGCACAAUGAAUGCAAGAAAGAACAGUUAAGAUUUUGAAUGUUACAAACAGGUUAUAGGAUCAAAAUGAUUCAUCUGCUGAUCUUAAAUUGUUGUUCAAUAUGUUAUGUAUGUUUACCUAAUUUAUUUUGUUCAAAAUGUGUGGCAUACAUAUGUAUAGAUAAAUAUAGAGUGUGUACAUUAUUCCUUUACUUAAUAGGCUUUGACUUACAUGCUAAUAGAAACGGGGGGGGGGGGGGGGGG